UCAAUGUGGCAUCGCCCUCAACUUGAGUCAUUAUCUGCUUCCAAAUUGCUCCACAUGGUGAAUGGAGGAUUCAGUUUGACGACCAAGAUACGAAGCGCUGGGAGUGUUAUGAGAGUAAAGACAUUGAAAACAGUUCAAUAUAAUAUUGGCAACAUCCAUUUGGAAACCCGCGUUUUACCAUCAAUUGAGUUAACAUCAAAACUUACUGUCAAGCACUCAGAAAUAAAAGCUAUGAGCUUAGUUAGCCAACUUCUCUUUACCACUCCAUGUAUGCAGUUUGGCAACAUAUACCACCGAUCAUAUCCAACUAUGAGACCUAAAGGCGACACCAUCCGACCAUUCACUUUGAACAUCUGCUGUGGCAUCAACCAAAAUUUCAAA